CUCAGUGACGCUCAGCGCCAGGUGUAAGGAGCUCAGAACUCAUAUCUACGCUGGUAUUAUGGGCUGCACGCUUUCCUCCGAGUCGGAGCCCCACAACGAACAUGUGGAAGAUCUGACCAUCGUACGUCUGAACGAGGCGCAGAAGGAGCUGGUCAGGAAGUCGUGGCGAGCCGUUCAGAGCGACGCCACUAAAGCCGGAGUCAUCAUGUUUGUGAGGCUGUUUGAGAUCCAUCCAGAGUGUAAAGAUGCUUUCUUUGACUUUCGAGAUGUUGCGGAUCUGGAGAUCCAGGCCAGCAGAGAACUGCGCGCCCAUGGCCUCCGCGUAUUGUCCUUCCUGGAGAAGAGCGUGGCCCGACUUGGAAAACCAGAGCAUUUAGAUGAGUUGAUUCUGGAACUGGGACGGAAACAUUACCAUUACAACUCCAACCCCAAAUACUACAUGUAUCUUGGCACUGAGUUCAUCCGAGUGAUUAAACCGAUCCUGAAGGAACGCUGGUCCUCAGAACUGGAAAACGCCUGGAUGACCCUGUUCUUGUAUUUGACUCAGAUGAUGAAGGUGGGCUUUGAGGAGGAAGCGAGGAAACAGUGCCACACUGCAGCGCUGGCCCUGGAAACACAGCGUUUAGGGGAUCGAGAGGUUCUUUAGGGUUCUUCAGCUGACCACUGACAUGCUACUAUUGACACAAGCGUAACUCACAUCAUACUCAUUUACCAGUGAAUUACUAAAGUUGAGCUCUGAAGUCAGUAUUGACUUUUUUCUUUUUCCCCAAAUGUCCAGUUUGUAUGGUUAAUAUAGUGUAAUAAGCUGGAAAUUUGAUUAUUCUAAAUAAUAUUUUAUACUUAUGCAUGAAGAAUGAAUGUCUGCAGUUCGUAUUCAGCACAUGACUGAAACUGAUUUAUUAUAAAUGUGAUGAAAAAUCACAGACAGUUUAAAUGGUAAAUAAAACGACACAACUGUU